AUGGCGGCCGCGCGAGCUUCCUCCCCUCGUUCCUCCGCCAGCAUCCCCCCAGGCCCUUCCCCCGGCUGCCGCGGACCCGCCUCCUGGAUCUCCGCCAACCCCUCGCGCCCCCGCCGCGUGUAUACAGGAUCAUCCCACGGCAACAGCAGCACUGGCAGCAUUGAUUCCGCGUUUGGCGGUUCCCCCACCAGAAGCGGCAGCGCCGGCGGUUUCGGCAGCGGGUUUCCGCAGCCGCGCUCCCCCUCUGCAGUCGGACUCGCGCGGAGCGUCACUUCCCGCAGCAGCGGGCGCGCGUUCUUUGCGCUUAUCUUCGUCGCGGUUGCGCUUGUUAUGGUGUACAUGGCGGCGCUCCCAACCGUAAAUAGCGGCGGCUGGGCCGCCAACGGCGCCCCCAGAGCCGCCGUGAGACCCGGCGGAGAAGACGGGGACGCACUGGGGGAGAUUGCACGGCGGGAAGAUCUAGAAUGGGGGGCCUCAGAAGGAGCGGAGGUGGGCGGGGGAGUAAGCGCAGGAAGCGGCGUAGAACCAGCCGCGGAAGGGCGCGGGGGAAGCAGCAGCAGGUGGGGGGUUUUCUCCUGGGGCGGAGGGGGGAAAAGCGCAGGCGCGGGAGCAGGUACGGGGACGGGCUCCGAAACCAGGAGCGCGGAGGCGGAAUGGGCGGCGCAGCAGGCGGCGUUCAAGCAAUCCGCGGAGAGGCUCGCCGCGGAUAGCGCGUGGGACGGCGGCGAAUGGUCGAGCUCCGCUUCCGCGCGCGCCUCGCAGUUCCGCUCCGCCGCCGCCGCGGGCGCCGCGCUAGACGCGUCCCUCCAACGCCCGCUCUCUCUCACCUUCUUCUCCGCCCCAAAACCCCAACCCGAAGAGCUCACAUCAGGCAGCCUGCAGCAGCAAGCGAUUCUCUCCUGGCUCAGGCUAGAAUCGCCAACAGUGGCGGUGAGCGUAGUGCUAUUCGGGGAUCCGUCUGACGCGGUUCUGACGUCGUUUGCAGCGCAGUUCCCGGAGGGGCGCGUGUGGGUGGAGCAGGUGGAUGGGAACUUCAUGGGCACACCCAUGUUCCAAUCCAUGGUCGCCCGCGGUCUAGUCGAAGGCCCGGGUCUGAACAGACGGUUUGACGAUGGGCGCGGGGCGGGAGGGAGGGGGGGCGGCGGGCGCGGGGGAGCGGGGAGUGGCAUGGGCGCGGGAGGGGCGGCGGGGGAUGGCGGGGUGAUGAGCGUGUCGGUUCUGAUCAACGCGGAUAUUAUUCUCCUCAAGGACUUUCCGCUGGCUCUGCGCAAGGCAGCGGCUCGCUUCCCGUACUUCCUCCUCACUGCCAUGCGCUGGGACGUCUCCUCCAACCCCUUCACCUUCCACAAGCCCUCCUCUUCCUCCUUACGAGCAGCUGAUAAGGCGGAAGGGGAGGGCGGGGAGGAGGGCGCAGGGCCGGCGGGGGGGGAAGGAGGGGAGGAGGAGGACGGGGGGGGCGUGGGGUGGGUUCCGACGCUGACGCGGGCGGACGGGCGGAAGGUCAGUGAUGCGGAGGUGGUGGCGUGGGCGAGGGAGGAGGGCGUGUUGCACACGUAUGGUGGGUUGGACCUGUGGGCGUGGAACAACCCGCCCCUGCAGAUCGGCCUCACCUCCAAACCCAUCCCGCCGUUCACCUUCGGCCGCGGCAGGUACGACAACUGGCUGCUGAGCGAGGCAGUGUCGUCGGGGGUGCGGCCGGUGAUCGACGCCAGUGAUGCGCUCACGUCCAUCCACGUGAACCACUCGUACCACCACAUGCAGCGCGGGGACCAGAACCUUCUCCCAGAAAAAGCGGGCAACUUCUGGUCUUUGAACAAGCGCAGCAGCUGGGAGGUGUUUGCCAACAUCCACCUGUCCCACGUGCACGGCUCGUGGUCCAGCCAGGAGGGCAUGGCGUGGCACGCGCCCUGGAAGCUCAUGCGCUGCGACGAGCCCGCCUCCGCACACCUCUGCCUUCUCCGCCGGGUCAAGCCGGGGUCGUGCCGCUGUGAGAGCUCGCCAUUUGUGCACCGCACGCAGAGCGAGCCGAAGCUGCAGGGGCGGAAUAUCAUUUGUGGGGUGUAUAAUACUGAAGGGAAGCCGGAUCUGCCGGUGAUGAUGCCGCUGAAUACUGCCUCGCCGGUGGUGGGGCUGCCUCACCUGCUGGAGCAGCUGCUGCCACAGGUAGCUGACUCCAGUGGCACGGUCACCAUGCUGGCAGCCACUUUUGACUCCAAGGAGGUCGUCGCCGACUUUGUCUGUCGUGCCGCUCGCCUCUCCACGCGCAACAUCGUUGUCGCUGCGCUCGACGCCGCAGCCUACCGCUACCUCUUCCUGCAGGGCAUUGCUGUGUACUACCAGGGGACCAACCUCGACGGGUACUUUCUCCCCCCAGAGCAGACGGACAGUGGGAAAGCUGGAGCCGGAGGGAGUGGGGGAGGGAUGUGGAAGGUGCUUCUGGGGAGGGUGGGCGCGGGGAAGGGGGCGGCGGGGGGAGGUGCGGGGCCGGCGCAGGGGGAGCGCGUGGUGGAGGGGACGAGGGAGUGCUUUCAUGGAUCGCCUUGCUUCUCGCGGUUCCUGCUGGUGCGUGAUAAUGCGAAAGAGGAAGUGAAAGCAUGCGAAGGUGACGGCAAUAGCAUCAGCGCUGCACCUGGGAUUCAACGUGCUGUGGCUCGACACUGUCUUUGUCGGCUGGCUCGCCAGCCCCUACCCCUCCCUGCACGCCCUCCCAGCCAACCACAGCCUGCUCUUCAACCCCCCUCUCCCUUCACCGCCCUCGCAAAAGUGACAGCAAUAGCAUCAGCGCUGCACCUGGGCUUCAACGUGCUGUGGCUCGACACUGUCUUUGCGAAGGUGACAGCGAUUGCAUCAGCGCUGCACCUGGGAUUCAACGUGCUGUGGCUGGACACUGUCUUUGCGAAGGUGACGGCGAUAGCAUCAGCGCUGCACCUGGGAUUCAACGUGCUGUGGCUGGACACUGUCUUUGUGGGCUGGCUCGCCAGUCCCUACCCCUCCCUGCACGCCCUCCCUGCCAACCACAGCCUGCUCUUCAACCCCCCUCUCCCUCCACCGCCCUCUUUCCCCUCCUCCUCUUCAUCCCUCCCCCGCCGCCGCUUGCUCACCACCACCGCUGCCACUGCUGGCACUGGCACCACCGCAUCGGCUUCCGCCAGACCAGGCAAGGCCCGGGCAGCGCUAGGCUCGGCAGACUGGCACGGGCGGCCUGGUGGGAUUGUGUUUGCCCGCGCUCUCCCCCGCGUGCUGGAGCUUUUCGAAGACAUGGUGGCUCUCCUCUCCCCCCCACCCUCCUCUUCCUCCUCCUCCUCCUCUGCACCGCCCACCUCCCCUGCGUCUCACUCCUUUGCUGAGCUUCUCUGUGGGGCUGCUGCUGACUCAUGGACUCCCACAGAGGCUGCUGCUGCUGCUGCUGCUGCUGCGGCUGGCGGUGGUUCUUCCUCCUCGUCCCCAUCCUCGCCGUCUUUUGUGUGCAAGCGCAGUGCUGGAUCUCAGCCAAUAUCCAUUGGUUUUUUCGACCCCUCGGGAUUCCUGCACCCGUCUCCUGCUUGUUCCCCUCCACCUGCUGCUGCUACUGGUGUUGAUGGUGACACAGAAUCCCCUGGAACAACAACAGCAGCAGCAGUUGGUGGGAUGCCUGAUAACAUACCUCAAGGCACAUGGAUAGUCCCUCUAGUGUGUCCCGAGCAGCAGCAGCAGCCGCAGCAGCAGCAAAGAUUAAGGGAGGGGGGAAGCGGUGCCGUGACAAUGGCAGCGAUUAAAGCGCGUAUAGACGCCCUGCGGCUGACCUCGUACGACCCGCGGUCACGCGUGUGUGCGCGGGCUUGGACGGGGCCGUUCUUGCAAGCCAUGGCGACGGGGAAGAACCUAGGGAAGAAGAAAAAGGCCAAGAUGAGGAGUCGAGAAGGCGAGGGAGGGAAGGAAUGA